AUUAAAAUCGUGACGUCACGUUGCUGUUGCUGAAAUGAGUGGCGAGUCAAUAUGGCACAUGUGAUGCUUCGAUCUUUUCUCCGGAUAAACAGAAGAUUAACGGCUAAAUUUUGCACUUCUGCAAGCGAGCCUUCUGCUCAACAAGUUCAGAAGUUAGACGAAGUUGACCGUCCAGAAUUUUUAGGAGCAAAAUCAAGAUGGACAGAAACUAUUGAAUUUGUACAACCAGAUAUAUAUGAUGGAAUUCCAGUCUAUAGGCUAAUGAACAGGGAAGGAAAUAUAUUAAAUAAAGAAUUAGAUCCAAAGCUUGACAAAGAGACUGUACUCAAAAUGUAUAGAGGUAUGACAACUUUAAAUACAAUGGAUCGCAUUUUAUAUGAAUCUCAGCGUCAAGGUAGAAUUUCAUUCUAUAUGACAAAUUACGGAGAGGAAGGAACUCAUUUUGGUAGUGCAGCUGCUCUUGAUCCUGGAGAUUUAGUAUUUGGACAAUAUAGAGAAGCUGGAGUCUUGAUGUGGCGGGGAUUUACUCUUGAUAAUUUUAUGAAUCAAUGUUUUGGUAAUUGUGGCGACAUAGGGAAAGGAAAACAAAUGCCAGUGCAUUAUGGUGCAAGAGAUUUGAAUUUUGUAACUAUAUCUUCAACAUUGGCAACUCAAAUGCCUCAAGCGGUCGGAGCUGCAUAUGCUUUUAAGAGAGCACAAAAUGGAUUGUGUGUAGUAUGCUAUUUUGGCGAAGGAGCAUCCAGUGAAGGUGAUGCACAUGCCGCAUUUAAUUUUGCGGCUACUCUUGAAUGUCCAAUUAUAUUUUUUUGUCGGAAUAAUGGAUAUGCUAUAUCGACUCCUACUCACGAACAAUACAGAGGAGAUGGCAUAGCUGCUAGAGGGCCAGGAUAUGGUAUUGCAUCUAUAAGAGUAGAUGGGAAUGACACAUUAGGUGUAUACAAUGUUACAAAGGCAGCUCGUCAGUUAGCUGUCGAAGAAAAACGUCCAGUUCUUGUAGAAGCUAUGACAUAUAGGAUUGGACAUCACAGUACUUCAGAUGACAGCACAGCUUACCGGUCAGUAGACGAAGUUAGAUUUUGGCACCAGAAGGAUCAUCCGAUAUCUCGUUUAAGAAAUUAUAUGAUUAAUCAAGGAUGGUGGGAUGAUGAAAAAGAAAAAGCAUGGAAAGAAGAAACAAAAAAACAGGUCAUGCAAACAUUUGCUCGUUCGGAGAAACUGAAGAAACCACAUGUGGACAACAUGUUUAUGGAAGUUUACGACGAAAUGCCAAAAAUUUUGAAGGAACAAUACGAUUAUUUUAAAAAUCACGUUCAACAGUAUUCGGAACAUUACCCAUUAAAAAAUUUCGAAGAGACGGGCUGAACCUACACCUAUAUGUGCUAUUAAAAUUUUAAGUUUGUAUAUUAACUAUGUAUAAUUUGUAAGAAUAUGAUACAUAAAAGUAUUUGAAUUGUUAAAUUAUCCCAGACAUGUAAAACUUUUAAGUAAAAGAUGAAUUAUUUAAAU